AUGCUCUCACGUGUUGCUGCAGUGAAGGCACCCCGCACACACAACCGUCGCCGCGUGACCGGAUCCAGCGGGAGGAGGAGGGAAGGAGGAGAGAGUGAGCCGCAGAGGCCCCACAUGUUUCGGCAUCACUUCUACUCUGCGGUGCUGCUCGUCCUCGUUGUGAUGAUGUUCUGCAACGCUGGUGGGGCUGCAUCUACUGAGGAGGUGUUGUCAGAUUCGGAAUCUUCAAAGAGGAAGUUGUUUGUUUGGAGAGACACGACGGAUAAGGGAACGGUGAUUUCGCUCUUUUUUCCCAGUCUUGUUGAAGUGAAUGGUGAUUUGUUUGCCGUUGCCGGUUCGCUGUCCACGAAGAAGAAUGAUGAAGGCGGUUUUGCUGGGAUUGCCUCGGAGCUCCUGACGUGGGCUGGUGAACAAGCAAAAGAGUUGGAUAAAACGAAACUCAAGACACAAGUACUGGAGGAAUGUCCUUCUGGAAAAGAGGAAUGCCCCACCCAAGCAGUGGAUCAGGCUGGCUCUGAAAGCGGAGCGCAAGUACUUCUGGGUAAGCCAACAACAGUUGUGCAGAGAAGUGAUAUUUACAUGGUUGUUGGAAUGUAUAACCUUAAUGGUGCCGCUGCUACUAGGAAUGGUAUAAAAUAUGAAUGGGGGCUUUUACUGGCGAGAGGGAACGUCACUUUUGAUGAUGGGGACGGUAAAAGAAUUUAUUGGACUGAUGUUGACGCUCUCCCGAUCUCUUCUAAUACUGAACAAUAUGGAUAUGUGACAGAACUGCUUGGGAGCGGUGGAUCGGGUGUUAAGAUGGAGGACGGUACGCUUGUGUUCCCUAUGGAAGGCCAGGAAUAUAGGACGGUGAAGGCGAAUGACGCAAAUACAGCCAGCUGGAGAAAAAGAGUUUCUCUGUUCAUAUACUCCCCGGAUAAUAAGAGUUGGAAGCUGUCGAAGGGGAUGUCUGAGGGUGGCUGCAGUGCUCUCUCUGUUGUGGAGUGGAAGGACAAAAAACUCAUGAUGAUGACUGCGUGUGAUGGUGGCCGCCAGAGGGUGUACGAGUCCGGUGACAAGGGGGAGUCGUGGACGGAGGCACUCGGGACACUCUCGCGCGUGUGGGGCAACAAACACAAUCGAUAUGAAACGGGCGUUGGGAGCGGGUUCAUCACAGCGACUGUUGGAGAUGAUAGUAAAAAAGUGAUGCUUGUCACUCUGCCGGUGUAUUCGAGUAAGGGCGGAAAAGAAAAGGAAAAUGAAAAGGGUGAACUCCAUCUUUGGCUGACGGACAACACGCACAUUGUUGAUAUUGGCCCGGUAUCCGAGGAAGAUGAUGACGCUGCCGCCAGCACCCUGUUGUACAAAAGUGCUGAAAGUGGAAAUGGUGAUAAUGAGGGGGAGAAGUUGAUUGCACUGUACGAGAAGAAGAAGAAAGUUAAUCACGAACUAUCUUACGGUAUGGUUACUGUGUGUCUGACUGCGCAGCUGCAGCGGGUGAAGGAGGUGCUGACGACGUGGAAGAAAGUGGACGAACGUGUCUCCCAGCUGUGCACCACUUUACUUGCUGAGAAGGUUGCCUUGAGUGAAAUCGCCUGCACUACUGAUAAGAUCACGGAUGGGCUGGUUGGAUUUUUGUCCGGCAACUUCUCUGAUAACACGUGGAAAGACGAGUACCUCGGGGUGAACGCCACAAUAAAUAAUAAAGGUGUGGCGAAGAAGACGGAUAACGGCGUGAAUUUCACGGGGCGUGGUGCAGGAGCGCAGUGGCCCGUUGGCAGUCAAGGGGAGAAUCAGCUGUACCACUUCGCGAACUACAACUUCACUCUUGUGGCGACGGUGUCCAUCGACGGUGAGCCGAAGGAGGGUAAUAUUCCAUUGUUGGGCGUGCGUCUGGACGGUGAAGAGAAACUUAUGGAGUUGUCAUACGACGGUGGAAAGAAGUGGAUAUUACUGUGCGGUGACGGAACCCCUAAGGAGCACAGCAGCACUUGGGAGAAAGGGAAAACUCAACACGUGGUGCUUUUGAUACGGAACGGUAGCCAUGGCUCCGCUUACGUCGAUGGUCAGCGUGUGGGUGGGGAUGCACCAUGUGGAUUGGAAACUAAGGCAUCGAAAGUAAUCUCACACUUCUACAUUGGAGGGGAUGGAGGCAGUGCAGACAGCACAGGGGUCGAAGAAGACGUGUCUGUGACUGUGACGAACGUCCUGCUGUACAACCGUCCGUUGGAUAGCACUGAGAUUGACGCUUACAACCCGAAUAAAGCCUCUAUUCCAUUUCUGGUGAACACGACUAUUGAAGGAGCCAACUCCUCGUCUACUGCUGGACGACAACAGCAGGCGGGAAAGGAACCGUUAUUGGAGAGCAGUAUUGCGAAUGGGGAGACGGCGGGAGGAACGAAUGGGCAGGAGGAGGAGGUCCAUCCACAGGUCGGGGACGUAAAUGCUGCGGCACUCAACAGCAGCCUCGGAAAUGUGUCGCAGGGGAAUAACAGUGAUGCCGGCACUUUGUGUGAGACUGGACUGCUGCCAUUGCUGCUUCUUCUGUUGGGACUGUGGGGGUUUGCGGCUCUGUGA